ACGCACUCACGCACGCAAACACCUACUACGUCAUCAUGUUGCUGAGCAACGACUUUUACAAGCCGCAAAGAAACCGACAGUUGAGUCCAGUACAGCAUGAGCCACGCGCUUGGCAGGGCUUCAUCAGACAAGCAAUUAAAAACAACAGAUAAAAACUGUUUCUCAGUGAACAGAUUCACUGCAGACUGCAAAUGUUUAAACCAUUAUAGUAAGACAGAUAGGAAGCACAAAAUGAAACGCCUGAGGAGCCGCAAGGAGAGGAGUCAGAUGAGAGGUGGUGGGAAAGAAGCCUCAAAGUCCAUUUCACAUCAUCAUCAUCACUGCCGUCGCCAAAGCAGUAAAGACAUGACACAUGUCCAGAACUGCUGUCAUUAUCCUUCAAGGAGAGAUGCACCGUUUCCAAAUAUCAUUCCUGCUGCACAAGAGCCCAGUAUAAUCACGGACAGUCGCCUGAUAGGACACCAUGGCCUGUUCAACCAUGAGGUGAAGUCUAUCGACAUUGAACGCUUGCUAAGCGAGCAGAGGAAAGUGGAGAAAAGUGGACAACAAGACCAGAACAAUGGUACUUCACAUCCAUCUUCAACAUCUCACAUUCCGUCUCCACUCUCCACUAAUGAUUUAUUGGGUGCUGAUACUGAUGAGGUUCUGCCAUUUGAAACAAAAGCAGCCCACGAUGAUUCCCGGAAGAAAGAGAAGGAAAUCAGUAAGGGAUCAGAUAUUACACCGGGGCAGAGACCGCAACAACUACUUGAUCUUUCAUCUGAAAGUUUUAAAAGCAUCUCCUCAUCUAGACACCGCUCCAAUGUAGUGAUAAUCAAGAGCCAGAAUACCGUCAUGUCUGAAAAGGGCAGAGAGUCACAGCUGACUCCCACUGUAGUCAGAAAGAAUGUAAAGACAUUAAACAGGAAGGUAAAGGCACACAUGAUUUCUGUUCUGGAGCACACCCCAACGAAGCAGGAGUCUCCCGUCCACCAAACACAAGCUCAUGGUCUCAGCCCAAGCCCAAUCCAGCUCUCCAGCUCACACACUGCAGACAGCUUUGACAAACAGCACAGGAGACAAGAUCCCGGCUGUGUGUCGAAGUCCGUCAGUGCAGUGGCAGCCGGUUUGUGUGGCUGUCUGCAGUUCCCGCUUCUGAGGAGGAGAAACCUGGUGGCAGAGAGCAGGGAGGUGCUGUUGAAAGCUCUACGGCAGAGGCAUGGACCCCGGCUUCAGGAGAACCUCCUGGAGGUGCGGCGAUGCCUCAGCUUUGGUGCUGAUCCCGCAAAAAAAGUCCAAGAUCAGAAGCCAACCGUGAUCGAUCCAGAUGCAUACACAACAGCGUGUCAAGCCGAUACUGCCAGCCAGCCAUGUUUUGACAACCAGAAAACCACAUCUUUCAGAAUGAUGGGAAGUAGACAUUUUAACUGGAAGUCCAGGCCACAGCCACACCGAAACCUGGAACAGACUGCUGAAUGGUUAACAAGCCCUGUGGAGACUUCCGUCAGCUUUUUGGAUGAUAUCCUCAGACCUACUUGCGCCCCUCAGUUCUGCAUGGACUUUGAGCCCGCUGAAGGUACAGCCAGUGAUCAUUUGUUCUCUCCCACCUCAUGCUGGGGAGAAAAAGCCUCAGCAUCUCAGCCCUGGGAAGACAGUUUCAACAGGCUAAAGAGCAACAAGGCUAUGUUUGAUUCAUUUGAAAACAGCUUUAUGAACCACACCAGAGCAGUUCCAGAGAGGAGUAGUGCGUCUCAAUACAGUGGCAGCAACAUCCAGCCUUUCUUUCCUUAUCAAACACAGCUGCCAGAUAGACGUUCAGCAGAGCCAAUGCUCUUUCCCCAGGAGAAAGACCCAUUUGAAACUGACAGAUACUCUUUUGCUCCCUCCUUCUCUGCCCAAAUUCACCAUCCUUUCAGCUACCAGUCUUUCAGCCAAUUCAGUCAUCCUUCAGUUUGCCCUCCCCUCAGGUCCCACCACACUGACAUGAUACAUUACCCACCAUCUCACAUGCUUGAAAGAGACCCAGCAGCUCCCCUUUCUUCUUUCCUGAGCCCUGAGCACUGGUCCUUCCCCCCUAUGAGACUGUACUAAUGUGUGGUGAAGCUCUGCAUAGAGACAUGACUGUGAACAUUUCGUUGGCUAACUAAAAUAGCAAUGCUCUCUUAAUUCAUACCAUCAAGUCUUUUUUGUUCACAGUCAACAAACAUAUACAUUGUGUGCUCAUAUUUGAUUAAAAACACAGUAUUACAUGUAAUAGCAAUAGCUGACAUUACCUCUUUUUUUCUUUCGUCCCAUUUAUGCUGAGAUAAAGAAAUGCAUAAUUAUG